UGCUCCCCGUCGCGUUGGGUCAGGAUUAUUCCCUCGCCUCCCUCUCUAGCCCCGUCGACAAUAUUUGCCAGCGCCCGGUGCGGGGAACCACCACGUCCCUUGAACCACUCUCAUUCCCUCGGAACCGCCAUUGAAUUUCACCAAAAUGCCUCUCGACACCUCCACAACAUACCCCCUCACCAAGCUGCGCCUGGAUGGCCGCCGCUGGAACGAGCUCCGGCUCCUCCAGGCCCAGAUCUCCACGAACCCCGCCAGCUCGGGAUCCUCCUACCUGGCCAUGGGCAACACGGCUAUCCUGUGCUCCGUUCAUGGCCCCGCGGAGGGACGUCGCGGCGAUGCCACCGGCGGGGCUGCUGGAUCCGCGGGAGCGGUGGUCGAGGUAGAUGUCAACGUUGCAGGCUUUGCGGGCGUGGAUCGCAAGCGCAGGGCGGGCGGAAGUGACAAGCAAUCCUCCCGCAUUGCAUCGAUACUCCGCUCCGCUUUCCAGUCACACCUCCACACACACCUCUACCCGCACAGUACGAUCAGCAUUCACGUCUCGGUCCUGUCGUCGGAUGGAUCCCUGCUCGCCGCUGCGGUCAAUGCUUGCACGCUGGCGCUCGUGGACGCCGGUAUCCCCAUGCCCGGGCUCCUCUGUGGGUGUACGGCGGGGAUGAGCGGUAGCGCCUCUACGCCUCGGGACCCGGAAAAUGACUUCCUCGACCCCCUGCUCGAUCUGUCUCUGCCGGAAGAACAGGAGCUUCCGUUCCUGACGGUCGGGACUACUACGUCGGUGCCGGUGGGAGAGGCGGCGUUUUUGAACGAAGAUGAGGAUGAGAUGAAGGUGGCGAUGCUGACGAUGGACUCGAAGGUGCACUGCUCGUAUGUCGAGACGAUGCUGGCGGUGGGGAUCGAUGGGUGCAAGCAGAUCCGGGAGAUCCUCGAGGGAGUGAUCAAGAAGUCGGCACGCAGAUGAUGGGACCAGCUGGUUUAUUUGUCUCUGCUGUGUCUGGUGUCUUAGGGGAGCAUAUAGGCGAGGUUCGAUUUAUACCCAGCGAUGCCUUGGGAGGUGUUGGGCGUGGCGUGAUUGCUUGAUUUUUGAAUCCUUAUGAUGGAUUGCUUUGACGACUUGUACAAUGGCCUAUGAUGUUUUCAAUUCAAAGACUGACUCCCAUAGUCCAUCUAUCGAAUGUGUUUGGCUCAACUGAAGU